AUGGUAUCAAAGUCAUGGAUCAGAGCUAAGGCGCUCCUCCAGUUGACAAGUCAGAAGGAUGGUUCCAGGGCUGCUGCAGUCACAACUUGGACAAAUGAUGAUGGACGUGUGAUGAGUGCCAUUGUCACCAGUAUGAAGCCUUCUUUGAUAAUGAGUCUUGAUCACCAUGAGUCUGCUAAGGAAAUGUGGGACUAUCUGCAGGGGCGAUAUAUUCAGAAUAGUGGUACUUUUCUUACUUUGUUGCAAGGCCUUCACGAGCUUCAACAGAAUGAUAUAUCCAUAGAGGAGUAUUGCAACUAUUUUGAUCGUGUGAUGGGACCUUUUCUCUCUAUGGUUCCUAAGUGUGAGCAAGGUUGUUCAGGCUGCUGUGCUAAAAAGAACAAAGUUCAUUGA